CAUCACACUAACAAGGAUCUCAUUCAUUAGCUCAAUCUACUAUUGAAUUCACAGUCAAACUCCAGUGCCAGAUUAUUAUAUUCUGAGAUUAUGUGGAUCAACUACCAUGCCUGAUUAGGUCUCACUUUAUAAUGCCACCCUCUGAUUAGUCUAAUAAGAUUAUGGUAAAUACAUGAAGUUUAGCCUUGAGUACUCUGUAUUCAAAAUUAGCAUGAAAUAAGUUUUAACAUUAGUACAGUAAUUGAUCUAAAAUGCUGGACGACAGGUUUCUGAGCCUGGACUCGCCCACCUAUGUCUUGUACAGGGACAGGGCAGAAUGGGCUGAUACAGACCCAGUCCCACAGAAUGACGGCCCUAAUCCAGUGGUGCAGAUCAUCUACAGUGAAAAGUUUAGAGAUGUUUAUGAUUACUUCUGAGCUGUCCUGCAGCGCGAGGAAAGAAGUGAACGAGCCUUUAAGCUCAUCCGGGAUGCUAUUGAGUUAAACGCAGCCAGCUAUACAGUGUGGCAUUUUCGGAGAGUUCUCUUACGGUCGCUUCAAAAUGAUCUGCAGGAGGAAAUAAACUACAUCACCGCGAUAAUUGAGGAGCAGCCCAAAAACUAUCAAGUUUGGCACCACAGGAGAGUGAUGGUGGAGUGUCUCAGACACCCCUCUCAAGAGCUCGAGUUCAUCGCCGACAUCCUCAACCAGGACGCAAAGAACUACCAUGCCUGGCAGCAACAGCAGUGGGUCAUUCAGGAAUUUCGACUUUGGAAUAAUGAGCUACAGUAUGUAGACCAGCUUCUCAAAGAGGAUGUGAGAAAUAACUCUGUCUGGAACCAAAGACACUUCGUCAUUUCUAAUACCACUGGCUACAGUGACAGUGCUGUGUUGGAGAGAGAAGUCCAGUAUACUCUGGAAAUGAUCAAGUUAGUACCACACAAUGAAAGUGCGUGGAACUACCUGAAAGGGAUUUUGCAGGAUCGAGGUCUUUCCAGAUACCCUAAUAUGUUAAAUCAAUUGCUUGAUUUACAACCAAGUCACAGUUCCCCCUACCUAACUGCCUUUCUUGUGGAUAUCUAUGAAGACAUGCUAGAGAACCAAUGUGACAACAAGGAGGACAUUCUUAAUAAAGCACUAGAGUUAUGUGAGAUCCUAGCUAAAGAAAAGGGCACUAUAAGAAAAGAAUAUUGGAGAUAUAUUGGAAGAUCCCUUCAGAGUAAACACAGAAGAGAAAGGAACAUACCAACAAAUGUAUACCAGUGAGAGUGUUGGACGAAGUGGAUGCUGCUUUCUUUCUAAGGGCCUCUAACACAGGAGUGCAAACUUGAGCGACCAUCCCAUGCCUGUGCGCUAAAGUUGUUGCCCAGGUACUGUUUUUAACAAGAACUAAGUAGGAUACUCCCAUAUGCUGAUGCUCUUCAGACUAGCUCUAAGAAGUCAAUUCUUGUAAAGCAAGGUCAUUCGGGGGGUGGGGUGGGGGUGGGUAAAGGCCUUCCCAUAAAGGAACUGCUGCUUUGGUAGUCUUCCCAACAUUUAAUCCAGUCCUGUAGAAUCAACUCCUCCCAGAAGGUGUGU